AUGGAGAAUAUCACUGAAUUAACUUAUAACGAAAUUAGAAGUAAGUGUAAAUUAUAUGGUUUAAAAGCCAAUGGAAAGAAAACUGAUUUAAUUACUAGGCUUACCAAUUAUUUAAAAGAAUUAACAAUUGGUAGUGAUAGUCAAAAUAAUGUUGAAACCACUAAAAAUAAAGCAACAUAUGAAGUUUUUCUUACUGAUGACGAAGAUGAGAAUAUUGUACAGAAAAAUCUAGUAUCAACUUUUAAGAAAGAAGAAAUUAAUGAUGUACCAUUUUUAGACAAUUUAAAAAAAAGAACUCCUUCUAAGGAGGUUAAAGUUGAUAAAAUUACUUUAAAAACAUGUAAUGUGAAAAAAAGUGAGAAUAACAAAGUUAAAUUUCCACUUAAUACAACAGUUGACUAUGUAAGUAGUGAUGAAGAAGUAUUUAAAGAUGGUAACAAAAAAAUAUCAACAGUCAAGGAAGAAAGUGGUAGAUUUACUCGUCAACACAAGAAGAUUUUUAAUAAAGCGGAGUCUAUUGUUGAAAGACAUGAACGUAUUAAGGAAUUACAUGCUAAACAUGAAGCUUCUGUUCCUGAAACAUUUAAGAGACUUGCAACUCCAAAAAGAAAUUCUUCCGUAAGACGAAGUACAUUUUUGAAUGGAACUUCAGUUGGUUAUGAUUUUUCUAAAGCUUCGAUGGAUGUAUCAAAUUGUUUACAUACCUUAGACAGAACACCUGCAAGAAAUUUUGAUACUUCUAAAAUUGUAUCACAGGAUAAUGGAGCAAAAAAAUUUCAAGAAAGAAAAAAAAAUAUGUCAUUAUUACAAAAAUUAUCAUGUUCUUUCAAGAAAUCUGGUGGAAAUUUUUCAAAUCUUAAUACAGUAGAGAAAAAGAAAUACGAUUACUCAGAUAAGAAAGUAAAGGAUUCUUAUUUAGUUUCAAAGAAGACUAAUGAAGAUAAAGUAAGAAAAGUUGCAUAUAUUAGAGGUGAAACUGCAUUGAAAAGAGAAAAACAACUUAAUGCUAGAAGAUAG